AUGCCUCACGAUCAAGCAAAGCUGGUACCAAAGCGACCCUUCAGCGGCUCGUUUACAUCUUCCACUAAUUCAUCGGGAUCCGAAGUUGACUAUAUGCACAAUAUCAAAACAAUGCUGGAAAAACUUUCAACACAGGUGUCGAAGGAUGGUAAUUCACAGCUGCAGCGCCUCAUUAACAACAUCGACAACCCAGAAAAAAGUAAACCGAUGAAAGCAGUCUCGCUGGGAGAGCUGAACACUGUUGACCUCUAUUUCAUCAUUGUUGCUAUACUGGAAAGGCGAGUUAUCACAUGUGAAGAAGAAAACGAUGCACUGAAGAAAGCACUGAAGAAAGCACUUAGGAGAAUUACCGUACUGGAAGAAAAACUUGGAGUCCCCAACUGCUCCGGAAAGGAAUCCAAAAUGGAAAAUUCUUCGAAAGCAUCUACUUGUUCCAAAGCUUCCUCACUAUCUGUUGAAGUAACUUUGCCCAGAUGUUUCUAG